AUGAACUUCGAGUCAACGUCCUCCUCUCCAGGACCGGGCAUGUUUCCACUUCGAGAUCCGAAAGCCUUUGUUUUGUGGAAUGUUCCCGCCGUAUCAGUAUCUGAAUUUUGGUCCAUCUACAGACUAACUGGUUUUGUUCCUUAUCAAAAUGCACCUUAUCAAUCCCUGCCACUGAAGAGAAAUUUCGGUUCCCUUCCUCCUCAAUUCCCAACAGGAUAUCCAACUCCAGGAAAUUGGGACCUAUUCCUAAAGUGCUCAUCAUAUAAUCAUCCAGCUUUCCAAACUCGGUACGAUGUCGACUUCGGGAUCGAUAAUGACGUUCCCUGGGAUUAUUCCCUGAAUCCCUCCCCAGACUACGACAGGGUCGUAUUGCCCUGGUCAGCCAUGCUGCCACCCCAGCAGUACACGCCUAUGUAUCCCUGGAACUUUCCUCCUGGGCUUGAACAUUGGGCGGUUGAGUAUUACGAAAAUGGAUCGCAACUCCGAGUGACACGCUCCGGUGAGGAUGACGACCUGAUCGACCGAAUGAAUUAUAAAAAAAUGCCCCAUGUGGUCAAACGAGUUUUUCAGGGGAGGACACAUUUCUCUUUUAGACAGAUUCAUCAGAUCGCCGAAUACAUCAUCGCCAAACGACGGCGCUACAUCCUUGAUGUAUCCGACUGCCACAACUUUGCCAUCGAUCUCAUUCAUAAAAUCCUCACUAUCCCAAAUCUUGCUUUGUUGGGCGUGAAACUGGGCGCAAGCACUCUACGAUUCGGCAAACCGCUCUUCUUGGGUAUCACCAAGAUUUUAGAAUGGACUGGUCAAAUAAAAGAUCCCAUUAAGCAGCGUAUUGAGGGGUUGCAGAAUUUCGUCGGAGGAUUAUAUUCGGACAAUGAUGAAUUUAGAAGGAUGGCAGUUCUUGGUUUUGAGAGUGCGAUAGGUCUCCAUCAUGAUGAUGAUCCAACCUUGGAGCAGCAAGACGUUGCAGAGCAAUAG